GCCCCCGCCACCGCUAACGCUAGAAGCUGCUUACCCCACCCCCACCCCACCCCGGGCAGCCUCAGGUUUGUGGGGCGUACGUAACUCGGGCGGAGGGAGUGAAGGUGGCAGGCCCCAACUGCCCCACCCCCUACGGGGUGAGGUGGUCUAAGCUCGGGAAGCUGGGACACCGCUGUCUUCCCUUCCCCGGGGAAAGUUGGAGUUUUCCCGGCGGAGGCGCAGAAACUUCCUCCGUCCCCCUCCCCCCCGUCCAUGCAGGCGACGCCGAGUGAGGCUGAGGCUGGGGGCGAAUCGCCGCAGAGCUGCGUGUCGGCAGCGCACUCUGAUUGGACAGUGGGGAAGCCUGUCAGCUUAUUGGCCCCGCUGAUCCCUCCCCGUAGCGCAGGGCAGCCUUUAACCUUUGGCCCCAGCGGGCGCCAGCCACUCAGAUCGCUUCUUGUUGGUAUGUGUAGCGGCAGUGGCCGCCGGCGGAGCAGUCUGAGCCCGACGAUGAGGCCGGGGACGGGAGCGGAGCGUGGAGGCCUCAUGGUGAGUGAAAUGGAGAGCCAUCCUCCUUCGCGGGGUCCCGGGGACGGGGAGCGGAGAUUGUCCGGCUCAAGCCUCUGCUCCAGUUCUUGGGUCUCUGCUGACGGCUUCCUGAGGAGACGGCCCUCGAUGGGGCACCCUGGCAUGCAUUAUGCCCCAAUGGGAAUGCACCCUAUGGGUCAGAGAGCGAAUAUGCCUCCUGUACCUCAUGGAAUGAUGCCGCAAAUGAUGCCCCCUAUGGGAGGGCCACCAAUGGGACAAAUGCCAGGAAUGAUGUCUUCAGUCAUGCCUGGAAUGAUGAUGUCUCAUAUGUCUCAGGCUUCCAUGCAGCCUGCCUUACCGCCAGGAGUAAAUAAUAUGGAUGUAGCAGCAGGUACAGCAUCUGGUGCAAAAUCAAUGUGGACUGAGCAUAAGUCACCUGAUGGAAGGACUUACUACUACAAUACUGAAACAAAACAGUCUACUUGGGAGAAACCAGAUGAUCUGAAAACACCUGCUGAGCAACUUUUAUCUAAAUGUCCCUGGAAGGAAUACAAAUCUGAUUCUGGAAAGCCUUACUAUUAUAAUUCUCAAACAAAAGAAUCCCGCUGGGCCAAACCUAAAGAACUUGAGGAUCUUGAAGGAUACCAGAAUACCAUUGUUGCUGGAAGUCUUAUUACAAAAUCAAACCUGCAUGCAAUGAUCAAAGCUGAAGAAAGUAGUAAGCAAGAAGAGUGCACUACAACAUCAGCAGCCCCUGUUCCUACAACAGAAAUUCCGACCACCAUGAGCACCAUGGCUGCUGCAGAAGCUGCCGCUGCUGUUGUUGCUGCUGCAGCCGCUGCAGCCGCCGCCGCCGCCGCUGCUGCCAACGCCAGCGCUUCCACCUCUGCUUCGAAUACUGUGGGUGGAACUGGUCCAGUUGUUCCCGAGCCUGAAGUUACAUCAAUUGUUGCUACCGUUGUAGAUAACGAGAAUACAGUGACAAUUUCAACUGAAGAACAAGCACAACUUACUAGUACUCCUGCUGUUCAGGAACAGAGCAUGGAAGUAUCCAGUAAUACUGGAGAUGAAACAGCUAAGCAGGAAACCGUAGCUGAUUUUACUCCCAAAAAAGAAGAGGAGGAAAGCCAACCAGCAAAGAAAACCUAUACCUGGAAUACAAAGGAAGAGGCAAAGCAAGCAUUUAAAGAAUUAUUGAAAGAAAAGCGGGUACCAUCUAAUGCUUCAUGGGAACAAGCUAUGAAAAUGAUCAUUAAUGAUCCACGAUACAGUGCUUUAGCAAAAUUGAGUGAAAAAAAGCAAGCCUUCAAUGCUUAUAAAGUCCAGACAGAAAAAGAAGAAAAAGAAGAAGCAAGAUCAAAAUACAAAGAGGCUAAAGAAUCCUUUCAGCGUUUUCUUGAGAAUCAUGAGAAAAUGACUUCCACAACCAGAUACAAAAAAGCUGAGCAAAUGUUUGGAGAGAUGGAAGUCUGGAAUGCAAUAUCAGAACGUGAUCGUCUUGAAAUCUAUGAAGAUGUUUUAUUCUUUCUUUCAAAAAAAGAAAAGGAGCAAGCAAAGCAGUUACGGAAGAGAAACUGGGAAGCCUUAAAAAACAUACUUGACAACAUGGCUAAUGUAACAUACUCUACUACCUGGUCUGAAGCCCAGCAGUAUCUGAUGGAUAAUCCAACUUUUGCAGAAGAUGAGGAAUUGCAGAACAUGGAUAAAGAAGAUGCUUUAAUUUGCUUUGAAGAACACAUCCGAGCUUUAGAAAAGGAAGAAGAAGAAGAAAAACAGAAGAGUUUGCUGAGAGAAAGGAGAAGACAGCGUAAAAAUAGAGAAUCUUUUCAGAUAUUUUUAGAUGAACUGCACGAACAUGGACAACUACAUUCUAUGUCAUCCUGGAUGGAAUUGUAUCCAACAAUUAGUUCCGACAUUAGAUUUACUAAUAUGCUUGGUCAACCGGUUUUUUCAUUAGGAUCAACUGCACUUGACCUUUUCAAGUUUUAUGUUGAGGAUCUUAAAGCACGUUAUCAUGAUGAGAAGAAAAUAAUAAAAGACAUUCUAAAGGAUAAAGGAUUUGUAGUCGAAGUUAAUACUACUUUUGAAGACUUUGUGGCCAUAAUCAGUUCAACUAAAAGGUCAACCACAUUAGAUGCCGGAAAUAUUAAGUUGGCUUUCAACAGUUUACUAGAAAAGGCAGAAGCCCGUGAACGCGAACGAGAAAAAGAGGAGGCUCGGAAAAUGAAACGAAAAGAAUCUGCAUUUAAGAGUAUGUUGAAACAAGCUACUCCUCCAAUAGAAUUGGAUGCUGUCUGGGAAGAUAUCCGGGAGAGAUUUGUAAAAGAGCCAGCAUUUGAGGACAUAACUCUAGAGUCGGAAAGAAAACGAAUAUUUAAAGAUUUUAUGCAUGUGCUUGAGCAUGAAUGUCAACAUCAUCAUUCAAAGAACAAGAAACAUUCUAAGAAAUCUAAAAAACAUCACAGGAAACGUUCCCGCUCUAGAUCGGGAUCAGAUUCAGAUGAUGAUGACAGCCAUUCAAAGAAAAAAAGACAGCGAUCAGAGUCUCGGUCUGCCUCAGAACACUCUUCUAGUGCUGAGUCUGAGAGAAGUUAUAAGAAGUCAAAAAAACAUAAGAAGAAAAGCAAGAAGAGGAGACAUAAAUCUGAUUCUCCAGAGUCAGAUGCUGAACGAGAAAAGGAUAAAAAAGAAAAAGACCGAGAAAAUGAAAAAGAUAGAACUAGACAAAGAUCAGAAUCAAAACACAAAUCACCUAAGAAAAAGACUGGAAAGGAUUCUGGGAAUUGGGAUACUUCUGGCAGUGAACUAAGUGAAGGGGAAUUGGAAAAGCGCAGAAGGACCCUUUUGGAGCAACUGGAUGAUGAUCAAUAAAUUAUACCAAAUAUAUGUUUACAGUAUGAUUUAAAGUCGAAUUCAGACCAGGGACUCUAUUUUAAAGUUCAAUUGAAAUAACACUGGGUUUUAAUUAUAUCACAGGAAAAAAAAAGUGCAUUUAAGUAUUGUUAUUGUGGACUUUAUAAAAAGCAAAGGAAAUUGAAAAUAACUUUUGAUUCUGUAUCAAGAAUCAUAUUUUCAUACGGUCAUAACUGUCUUUCUGUGACCCUUUCAUAGGGCACUGCAGGAUGGAUUAAAGGUGGCAAUUUACUGAUAACUGCAGAUGUCUCUACUUUGUUCUGAACUCUGAGUCAUGAGGCGAUUUGAUUUACUUGAUAGAAGUUGGAUUUUGAAGAUAUAAUGAAAAUUUUUUUGAUAUUUAGUAGUACAAAAAAAGCACCAGCAACUGACAAAACUGCUUUUUUGUGCACUACCCAACUGGUUCAAGCUGAUAUGAUCUUUUAUGGUGAACGCAGAAAUAGGUGUUCUUAAUGGAAACCUGGUAGACCCUUAACGAUAGUGGUGCUAAUGAGCACUACUAUAAUAAAGCCACCGUUAUUUUUUAUGAAACAUCUGAAUACGUUUUAAAAAAGGCUAUUGUGAGGGCAUUAUUUUGAGGUGAUGUUUAAAAAGUUAACAUCAAAUCAAAUUGUAAAUUAGUUUAAAUAUAUUGCCUUAAGGACCUACUAAAGAAUGUGCCACCGUACUUUAAGUGAUAGUUGCAAUAUCCUUGUCUGAAACAGAAAUCAGUGUGGACUUAAACAUUUUCUUUAACAGUUGUCUUUUUUUUUUUUAAUCCGAUCUUUUUUUUUCAUUGAGGAAGUCUUUUACCUUCCCUAUUCACUGAGAAGUAUUGACUUCGUGGUACACAUUCUAAAGCAUUUCUGAUUUGAAUAUUUUUGUACAUUUUUAUCAAUUAUUAAACCUUCUCUUCUAGCGUG